ACUUGGCAGGAAAUAUUUUCCCGGAAGUGAUUGCCACGGCUUCAGGAAGAAGACGCUCUGGGUUGAUAUAGGCCAAAACCCAUUAAAACAUAUUUGCUGGUCAUGUCCUCGUGUUGUGUUGUCUGGUCGAUUCAAAAGUGAAUGAGAUGGCGACGAAUGGGGCAAGCUGUGAACAACCACAGAAGCGAGGAACCAAAGACAAACCGAAUGGAUAUUUUGCAGACUCUGCGGUCAGUGAGAGGAGGCAGAAAGAUCGGGAGGAGCGUCUCGCUCUGGUGUUGUGGAGGCGGCCUUUCAUCACACUACACUACUUCCUCCUGGAAACCUUCAUCACACUAAAGGAGUGGACAUUAAAGUUAUGGCGACGAAGGGGUACAGUGUUCUUGUUCCUGGUGUUGUGUUCACUCUUCUCCCUUGCCUACUCCACUGAGGGAGCACACCAGAAGUAUGUGCAGUACCUGGAGAAGAGGUUCCUGUGGUGUGCCUACUGGGUAGGUUUGGGCAUCCUGUCCUCAGUAGGCCUUGGGACUGGCCUGCAUACCUUCCUGCUAUACCUGGGUCCACACAUAGCAUCAGUCACCCUGGCUGCGUACGAGUGUGGGUCUACAGACUUCCCCGAGCCCCCCUACCCAGACCAGAUCAUCUGCCCAGAGGCAGGAGGAAUGGAGGGCAGCAUCUCACUCUGGUCCAUCAUCUCAAAGGUCCGGCUGGAGGCCUGUAUGUGGGGUGCAGGCACAGCCAUUGGGGAGUUGCCGCCCUACUUCAUGGCUCGAGCGGCCAGGCUAUCUGGAGCAGACCCAGAUGACGAAGACUAUGAGGAGUUUGAGGAGAUGCUGGGGCAGGCAGAGACUGCUCAGGAUUUUGUUACUAGAGCAAAACUGGGCGUUCAGAACAUGGUGCAGAAAGUGGGAUUCUUUGGGAUUCUAGCCUGUGCCUCGAUCCCUAAUCCUCUGUUUGACCUUGCUGGUAUAACAUGUGGCCACUUCCUGGUACCAUUUUGGACCUUCUUUGGAGCGACUCUUAUUGGGAAAGCCAUCAUCAAGAUGCACAUACAAAAACUGUUUGUUAUCAUAACGUUCAGCAAGCACAUAGUGGAACAGAUGGUGUCUCUGAUCGGGUCUCUGCCGAGGGUAGGUCCCUCCAUACAGAAGCCCUUCAGUGAGUACUUGGAGGCCCAGAGGAGUAAACUCCACCACCACACUGGAGAAGGCACCCCGGCGAGUGAGAACUGGCUGUCGUGGGUCUUUGAGAAGGUGGUUCUGGUCAUGGUCUGUUACUUUAUCUUCUCUAUCAUCAACUCCAUGGCUCAGAGCUACGCCAAGCGACGACAACAGAGUCGGCAGCAGCGAUACUCUGAGGAGAAAACCAAGUGACGAGACUCACCAACAGACCGUGCUGAGUCCCUCAGCUCUGUUUCAAACUAACCUCGCCCUUCCAUUCUUAAGAGGCUGAACUGGCACUUUCCUGUGUUUCCUUACAGAUGUAUGUGCUGUUUGUUUGUCCCUCUUAUGGUUUUAUAGUUUCCCCUCAUUUGUGUUUAGUGUGUGAUUUUAAUAAUAUAAUGAUAGGAUAUGAGCAGUGAAGCAGCAGUUGGAUGUUAACUGUUUUGCUGGCAGCUAUACCAGCUGCGAUGCCUUAUGCAAGGUGGAGGGUCCUACUUCCAUUGAACACAGUUCUUAAUCAUGACUUGAUUUGUAAAUUUUUCACUGUAUGGGUGGACUCUGUGCUGAUAUGAUGCUAAGGAUGUUUUCAGGGUUACAUUUUUCUUGCGUUUUUGUCCCGUUGAUCAGAAAUAGGCCAUCUGUCAUUCGCGUUUCUUGGAUUUGUUUGAAAUUCAAGUUUGCAAUUGGAAAUAGCAAUAUCAAGUCGUCUCAACAUGUUAUUGAUAGUUUGCACAUCUUGGAAAUAUUUUUUGCGCAGUAUGUAUGCACAUGCAUUUAGAAUGAUCUGGACAAACUAACUUGAACCAAAACAGAACUUACAUUACACUCGGCUAACUUGGUGUCAUUUUUAUUCUGUACAUUUACUGAGUCUUUGAUCAGAAUAUAUAAAAUGCCUAAAUCAUU